AUGCAAGUGUUUUUACGACAAUUAUCAUCGUGGCUUAUAUAUGGAGUUGUUCAUGAUCCUUUUUAUGAAUUUUUUAUCAAGUUAGAAGAUUUUACUUCAGUCUCUACCCACCCGAAUCCAUCCAUUUUACAAGGUUCUCAUGGUUAUUUUGAUGAUCAAUCAAAAAAUGAUUCUAUGACGACAAAACCAAGAUUUUUGAUAGAUAAUGCAAACCUACCAUCAUUUCUACCAACUUCAUUUGCCCAAAGAGUGCUUGAAACUGGUGAAGCUGUGUAUUCUGCCACCUAUGAUCCAUCAGAAGCUUCUUUCUUACUGGAAUUAGAGAAAAAUUAUUGUCCUCGUUUUGCGGAACUGUCAACUUGUUUGGAAAAAAAUUCAGACGGACUUCAGUCGACUGGGAAACGUUUAAGUGUUGUCUCAUAUCAUGCUUGGUGUAGUUUAUUAAAAGAACACAAAUUACUUCAAUAUCUUCGCUUAGUUAAAGAUGUCCUACUUUUAGGAAGAGGCGAAUUAUUCUUGGCAUUCCUUGAUCAUUUAAAUAUUUUAAAUAAUCUCAGCAACAGUAAUAACUCACGUUAUGGGACCACUUGUGAAAUCCAACAUAACAUUUUAGACAAACCUCCUCCAGCAAAUGAAAGUGCAGUUCAGGCUCUGGAAUACGAUGUUACUGAGGCGUUUCUGGGAGCAGCUCGAUCUUUAGGUAUGGAUGAUGAAGAACUAGAUUCCAAUUUUAAAUUUUCAAUAAAGUUGACAGCAGCUCAAUCAAGUAAACUGCCAGAAAAUAUUACUGUUUGGGAUUGUUUGCACUUAUGCAUUAUUGCUCCACCGGUGUUCGAACGUUUAUUCUCUCCUAAUAUUUGUCGUGCUUACGACAGUUUAUUUCGAUUUCUAUUCGCUAUCCGUCGAACACAACUGAAGUUACAACAGUUUUGGGCUGAUCAGAUUCUUUUGUGGCGUCGUACCUCUGCUCGUAAUCAGUCCAAUGUAAAUUAUGAUCAAACACCACCAACCAACGUUUUUAUUAAGUUGCAAUCCUGUAUAGGUCGACGCCUUCUAGUUCGUAGUCAUAUGGCAUUUAUUAUUGAGAGUUUACAGUAUUAUUUACAGGUCGAUGUAAUUGAAGCACAAUUCUCACACUUGAUUCAUCGUUUACAUAGUGAUCAAGAAAUCCGAUUAAUUCAAAUCGCACAUGAAGCUUACCUGGCUGGUUUACAAGCACAAGCAUUAUUGUUCAUGCCAAAUAUAAAAUUAUGUAUAUUACAGUUGUUAAAUUAUUGCUGUCAAUUUGUAGAUUUAUCAAAUCAACAAUACUACAGUGAUCAUUUAAUGAAUAUGGAUGAUGACCAUAAUCAUCAAUUGUCUAAUGAAGUGCACGAGAUGGUGAAUAAAUUUUAUACUCAAGCAAAAUUAUUGUAUGAUUUAUUAAAUAUUUCUUGUUUAACCGGUGCUAAAAGUAGUGUUGGUUUCAAUCCUGGCCAUACUGCUGUUAAUGAUCGUCGAGACUUCGAAUCAUUAUCGUUACCUGGUAUUAUUACUACUGCUACUACCAAUGGUCCUCUUUAUUCAGACAAAACAGAUUUAAAUCAGUUAUUGUUACGGUUAGAUUUUAAUCAUUUUUAUAGUGAUUCAUUAGAGAAUUUAAUCUAA